CCCUCCGAAGCCGCUAGUUACCGUGAACCGCCGUCGCCAACCCACCCAUUCCGCUACGGUGUUCCAGAGCGGAGGCCGGGACGCCAGCCGUCGUAGCGAAUCCACGCGCAGUUUCCCGACCCUGCUGCUGAGCGACUUAGAGGUGGAGUGGGCUAUUCAGCAGUGGGAGGCUUCCGGGCACCUCUGCUCAGCACCCGGCCACGGCCAUGGCGGCCGAGCUCCGUUCAGACCUCGCCAUUAGGCCGGCCCCGAGAGACAUCCGACCGGUCAGCAACAGCAACAACGACGAGACCAGACACAAACACUCACGUUCCUCCUACUCGGAGGCCUCGCUGCUCACAUCACGGAAUAAUUCUCUGACAUUUCGCCCCGCGAAGCGGCCAAUGCCCACGCCCGACAAGACCAUCGCCGUCAUCAAUGCCAGUGGCAGGCAGGCCGCUUCGUUCAUCCGAGUGGCCACCGCGGUCGGGUACCAUGUGCGGGCGCAGCUGAGGAAUCUCGAGGGCGUCGUGGCGACCGAGGUGGCCACAAACCCGAACGUGACGGUGCUCCGGGGCGAACUGUACACCAAGGAUCGCCCUGCAGAGACGGCGCAGGUCGACGUGACGCGGAACGGCCCCAUCUCCGGCAUCGGCGUCAACCACACGCUGAUCUCGGAACUCUUCCAGGGCGCGCAGCUCGCCUUCAUCAACACAACCUUCUACGGGGAUGAGAUUCAGAUAGGGCAGGCGCUUGCAGACGCGGCCAAAAAGGCCGGGAUUCAACACUACGUCUACUCGUCUAUGCCAGACCACAACGCGUAUAACAAGGAAUGGCCAUCGCUGCCUCUUUGGGCAUCUAAGCACAAGGUCGAGGAGUACGUCAAGAAGACCGGGCUCCCCGCGACCUUUGUGUACACGGGUAUCUACAACAACAACUUCACGUCGCUUCCGUACCCGCUGUUCUGCACCGAGCUCCAGCCGGACGGCUCCUGGAUCUGGCAGGCGCCUUUCCACCCGGAUGUCAAGCUCCCCUGGCUCGACGCGGAACACGACGUCGGGCCAGCGAUUCUCCAGAUCUUCAAGGACGGCACGAAGAAGUGGGGCGGUAAGCGUAUCGCUCUGGCUUACGAGAUGCUGUCGCCCAGGGAGGCCUGCGAGGUCUUCUCGCGCGGCGUCGGCCGCCCGGUGCGCUACGUCCACGGCCCCAUCGAGAUCAAGGUCACGAUUCCCGAGGGGUACCGCAGCCAGCUCGAGGCGCUAGAGGAGCUCUUUGGUCUGGGCAAGGACGACCCGAAGAAGCAGCCCCCAUAUUUCGGAGACCAGGAGCUGGAGGACAGUUGCCCCAGGGUGGCGCUGGAGCUUUGGGAGGGUCCCCGCAGCCUGGAGGAGUACGCCAGAGAGGUGUUUCCGCUGGAGGAGCAGGCGAACGGCCUUACAUGGAUGCUGGACGAGGGCGAUGGCGGCGGCGGCACUCAUUCGAAGCGCAAUGGCAACGGCACCGGGCACCCGAUCCACCUCAACGGCUACAUCACGACCCUCGCCCAGAUCGUCCAGGACUCGGACGGCGAGGAGGAAGACGAGGGCCUGGUCAUGCGCGGCCUGAAGCGGGACGACGAGGAGUGGCUCGCCUAGGACCGUCUGAUUCGAGUUUCGUUUUCCGUCUUCCCGUUGCCGCCUCCCCGGGUCCUUUCGGCGGUGUUCUCU